GCUCCUGGGAAGCGCGCGUGGAGUUACCUCCCCGAAAUUUUCUUCACCAGGGAAAAACAAAACUCACAAUUUGCCAGGCGCGCCCGUCCCCCCAGUUACGAUCUUUACACAAAGCAGCCGAAGGGCUCUCACCAAGCAGUCGUAACGAAGCAGCCCCCCCUCGAGUAUGCGCUCCCGUGCCAACACACGCCGCACGAAAGAGAACCCCUGAGUGUGGCCCACCAGUUGGAAGAUACAAACGGAUCAGGUGUACACAGCGGAAGAGGUUGUUUUUUUUCCCCUUUUUUGGCUCCUUUUUUCCUCCUUUUUCCUGCCGCUUCAAAAUGACGUCAGCCCCGGGACUGGCCUUCGCCAACCUGACGUUGAUGCUGGACCUGCCGCAGCUGCCAGCCAUCUUCUUUGUCAACGUGCGGAACAACUUCCAAGUGCUGAUGAACGAAAUUAAGCUGAACACAAUGGACAGUGAAGAAAUAUUUUACCCCCACAACAGAAUUAAUUUGCAGAAUGCGAGGGUUAACAAGAUGGGUCGAACUAGGAAGUACAGCAACAACGGGAACUGGCUCUUCGGCACGCCCUUCUAGGGCAGGGGGUUCCAGGCAUACUAGCGGUUCGGCAAGGCGAAUGGGCGGCGUUUGAGUGGGCGGCGUUUGAGUGGGCGGCGUUUGAGUGGGCGGCGUUUGAGUGGGCGGCGUUUGAGUGGGCAGCGUUUGAGUGGGCAGCGUUUGAGCGGCCACGUGCACAUUAGGGUUACCCCCCGUCCCAAUCAGAAGUUUGUACACACACAUUCCACCACGCAGGGGCUAACCGAGGUCCCUUUUUUUUUGUGUGCCACACAAGCAUGUUUAGUCUGGCGGGCGUUCUUUCGGUCGACUCGCGGUAGCCACUCCGUUUCACUCGUUCUGUACAUUUUGAUCAUUUU